AUGCAUUUCAAAUUAUUAGCUACAUUGGCUUUUGUGGGUGUAAUCUCAGCUGCUUUGAUUCCUGAAAAUGCUGAGCAGCUGGAUCCCCAUCCCAGUUAUGAGUUUGCCUACAAUGUUGAUGCCCAAGAAUCCGGUGAUAUCAAGGCCCAGCAGGAGAGUCGAGAUGGUGAAAAUGUUCAGGGCGAGUACUCUCUAAAUGAUGCAGAUGGCUAUAAGCGCAUAGUUACUUAUUCCGUUAAUGGUGAAGGUGGUUUUAGAGCCUUUGUGCGCCGUGAACGUUUGUCGGAUGUUAAGCAAGCAGCCGCAGUUCCCAAAGCAACACCCAAGCCCUUGCCUACAGUUACCCCCAAACCUAUUAUCCCAACUCAGGCACCUACCAAGAAACCUAUUGUACAACAGCCAGCUUAUCUACGCACAGCCAUUGUUCAUCACCACCCUCAGCCUACGGUGUAUCAUGCUGCUCGCGUUGUACAUUUAGACCAUGCUGCUCACCACUAUGUCCACUCUGCUCCCACGACAACAGUGUUGAAAUCGGCACCCACGGUAAUAACCACCACUCACCACCAUACUCCUGCUGCGGUGGUUCAUCAUCACAGUCCCGCGGUGGUCCACCAUGCUCCCACUGCGGCACUGGUACAUCAUGCUCCUGCCUCGACGUUGGUACAUCAUGCUCCCGCCUCGGCUGUGGUACACCAUCAUACCCCCGCAAUUUCUGCACCUCAUCAAGUCUCCUACCUCCACUAUCAUUAA